AUGGUUCUAGGGCGGCGCGCCUUAUGGCGCACCCGAGGCGACUCGGCCGGAAGCCUCGACGUUCCGGGAAAGGGGGGUUCUGCCGGCAAAGCAGACGGCGCGGUGGUGGUCGACGACGAUCUAGUCAUGACGGAGGACUGGGACGGCGCGGCGGCCGGCGCGGCGGGAAAAGCGCAAACCGGCGGGGGAGACGGCCAGGCGGGGGAUGGUAAAGCCGGCGGAGACGGCGCCGGCGGCGGAGGCGACGGAGCGGGCGAGACAAUGGAGAUUAUGUUGGAAGACGGGCUGCAGUUAACGGUGGAGAUAGACUCGGGCGAGAAGCUUCUGAACGAGCUGGGGUACAAGCAGGAGCUCAAACGCGCGCUCGGGUUCUUCGAGCUGUUCUCCAUCGGCCUGUCUACCAUCACUGUGUUUACCGGCAUUGUGCCGUACUAUGGUCAGGCGUACAUCAACGGAGGCCCAGUGGCGGUGGUGUGGUACUGGUGGAUCACCGUCUUCUUCACGCACCUCAUCGCUCUCUCCAUGGCCGAAAUCUCCUCCUCCUUCCCCGUGAGUCCCCCUCUCCUCCUUCCCCGUGAGUCCCCCUCUCCUCCUUCCCCGUGGCUGGCACUCUCUUCUGUGGCCGGUUCCCUCUACUUCUGGUCGGCAGCACUGGCCGGGCCGAAGCACGGCCCCUUUGCUGCGUGGAUCACGGGCUGGCUUGAGUUUCUCGGCCUUUCUGUGGGGCUGGGCGGCGUCUCGUACGGCGGGGUGAUCAUGCUACAGUACACCGUGCUGGUCGCCACAGGAGGGGCGAAUGGGGGAGGCUACCUGCUGAACAACUACGAGUCAUUUGCCAUCACAGUGGGCGCCAUUCUCCUCUGCGGCAUUCUCAACUCCUUCUCCAUCAAGUUCAUUGGCCGCCUUGCCGUCGUCAGUGCCGUCUAUCAGAUGGGUCUCGCCAUAGUCAUCAUGAUUCUGCUGCCGUCGGUAGCGCCAGUGCACCAGAGUGCCUCCUUUGUCUUCACUCACCACCACGUGCAGCUGGACGUAUCUCUGCUGCCCACUAUGGCAAGUUUCGAGGCGCCUCAAAAACGCCUCUCACCUGCGUGCCCCUCCUCUCACUUUGAUACCCAUUGCUGCACAUCCCCCUUCCAAUCCCCCCCCCGGGCCUACGCCUUCAUAGCAGCCAUGCAGCAGUCCCAGUACUCCCUCUACGCAUACGACACCGCCGCCCACAUAGCAGAAGAAAUCAAGAGCUCUAACCACACGUUCUCUGCCAGCCAGCAUGGCAGAGACACGCACCCGCCACCACCCACAUGCAACUUCAUCUAUUCCCUCUCUCACCUUCCCUCCCUUCCCCUCUGGACCCUGCCCAGGCCGAUGCAGCUAUCGCAGUACUCCCUCUACGCAUACGACACAGUGGCCCACAUGGCAGAGGAGACCAAGCGCUCCGAUCGCGCGUCCCCAGCCAGCAUGGUGCUCUGCCUGUCCGCGGUCAGCCUGCUCGCGUGGGGGCUGCUCGUCGCCUUCACCUUCUGCAUUCAGAACGACGACAACCUCACCAGCCCGGACAGCGUUACGGCCGGCAAUCAGAUCCUGGUUACCAUCAUCUGGGAGGCCUUUUUCGCUCGCUUCGGCAGCGGCACAGGGGCGGUGGUGGUGCUCUCACUCAUCUACAUCGCCUUCCUCUUUGGCGUCUUCGCCGGCAUUCUUGGCGCCUCCCGCGCGGCCUACGCCAUAUCGCGAGACAAGGGCCUGCCAUUCGCGUUCAUCUGGCGGCGGGUGAACCGAGACAAGACGCCCAUCUACUCCGUGUGGCUCUGCUGUGGCGUCGCCAUCCUCUUCUCCCUGCCGCUCCUCAAGGACUCUUUCCUCUUCUCCGCCAUCACCUCCCUCGCCACCGUCGCCUGGGUGGGCGGCUAUGCUGUCCCCAUCUUCUUUCGGCUCAUUCAAAGGGAGGAGGACUUUGAACCGGGCCCGUUCUACCUCUCUAAAUACGUCGGCGUCUGGGGCAGGAAACUGAUCAACAUUGGAGCCAUUCUCUUUGUCCUUGAAACAGUCAGCAUCUUCAUGCUACCAAUGGUCUUCCCCAUCACCGCAAGCAACUUCAACUACGCGUGUGUCGGAAUCUUCGUGGUAGUUUCCUUCUUCCUCGUCUGGUG